GAGAGAUUGUUUUCUGGCAGCCACUUCAGGAGGCCAUGCAGAUCAUCUCCUGGGGCUAGGCCAAAUUCUCAGUCUUUCUCAUGUCUUUGUUAUUUGGUUUUGUUUUUUUGGGUACUUUUGUAUUCGACAUGAAACAUUAAGAUCAAUAUGUUUUUUCAAUGCUACCUUUCAAGGCUAUGUUUUUUGUAAUCUAGUUAAUCAGUUUUAACAGCACCAAUGUUCGUCUCAUUUUUGGCAAAAUAGCACGCAAUGAAUAUUUCCCUUCAUCAAUAAACUACACCAUCAACAAGGAUUGAGUAGAGUACUUGAUAGGUAAUUUCAGAAUGGAAGACAGCUCGCCGGAGAAGAAAUCAGGUUGUGGUAUAUUAAAUGCAGUUUUUGGGCGACAUAGCUUUUGGCCACGAAGAUCUACCUCAACCGGUUCGAUUCCCACUGGGAACCGUCCUGAUUUUGUCAAGACACCAGACACUCCAAAUUCAAGGAGGAGACGAGUUGGCUCCGAUGACAGCUCCAUCCUUGAAACCUCAUCAAAUGUAUCAGAAUCGUCAUCAAAACCCGUGGGUAGACCUAUCCAAAAUCCUCACAUGCCGCCUCCUUUCUAUCGCCAAAACUAUGGCAGACCCUUUAAUGAGGCUACGUUAGUGGCACCCUCAUCAGGUACAGGCUUAGCAAAGAUAGCUCCUUGCCAAGGAUAUGUCAACCAGGGGAAGAAGGUGCCAUGGGAAGCCAUUGGCAUUUCUGGGGAGCUCGAAAGCAUCAUCGUGGAUCACCAAAAACAUCAGGGAGGUAGUAAUCUUGUUCGGGCGUCAUCGAGCAACGUCAUGCUUUUUGGCAAUCUGGGUAACUUGAGGCAACCAGGAGGAAAUGUGAAUUCGUACAAAGUUUUUAAUCAUCAUCCCAAGUCAGAAAGAGAAGAAGGCCCGAUGUUCAACGGAAAUUACUCAACCAGCGUGAUGGGAAAUGUGGUAAAGAGUGCUAAUAGAGAAGGGAAACUAGGCGGAGAACAGUCAGGUUCCUUGUGCAGGGCUAUCUCGACUAGAACGGAUCCUGAAACAUUGAAAAUUUUGGGCAACGAGGAUUACAAGAAUGGAAGAUUUGCAGAAGCCCUGGCCUUGUAUGAUGCUGCAAUUGCUAUUGACCCCAACAAGGCUUCGUACAGAAGCAACAAAAGUGCUGCAUUAGCCGCUCUGGGUAGGAUUCUUGAGGCAGUUUUUGAAUGCAAAGAAGCCAUCCGUAUAGAACCUCAUUAUCAUAGAGCUCAUCAUCGUUUGGCAACAUUAUAUUUUCGAUUAGGGGAGGCAGAAAAAGCUCUGUAUCACUACAAACAUGCAGGACCGGAGGCCGACCAUGUUGACAUUGCCAAGGUGAAAACGCUUCAGGCGCAUCUCAACAAGUGCACCGAGGCUCGCAAAUUACGAGAUUGGAACACCCUGAUUAAGGAAACAGGGAGAGUCAUGUCUGCAGGAGCAGAUUCAGCACCACAGAUAUUUGCUUUUCAAGCCGAGGGCUUGUUGAAGCUCAGGAGGCAUCAGGAGGCGGAUGAGACAAUGCUGAAGGGUCCGAAUUUCGGGGCUGACGCUUGUACUAAAUUCCUGGGGCCUAUUGGUAGUGCAUAUGUGCUAGUCAUCCGGGCUCAAGUUGACUUGGCAGCCGGCAGAUUGGAUGAGGCGUUGGAGGCAGUUCAACGAGCAGCUCGCCUUGACUCGAAUAAUAGGGAAGCAAACAUUUUGAUGAGGAAGGCUAAGGCUGUUGCAGAAGCUCGAUCAAGAGGUAACGAGUAUUUCAAGGCGUCGAGAUUCUCAGAGGCAAGUGCUGCAUACGGGGAGGGACUGGAACAUGACCCAUAUAAUUCAGUGUUGUUGUGCAACCGAGCCGCCUGUCAGUCCAAACUUGGCCAAUUUGAGAAAGCAGUGGAGGACUGCACUGUUGCCCUUAACGUACGACCCUCUUACUACAAGGCUAGACUGAGAAGAGCCGAUUGCAAUGCCAAGUUGAAAAAAUGGGAAGCUUCCAUUGAAGACUACGAAGUCUUGUCAAAGGAAACACCGGAAGACGAGGAGGUGCGCCGACUCUUGUUGGAGGCCCAGAAUCAGGUCAAGAGACAACGUGGUGAAGAGGUGCAAGGCAAUUCGGCAUCAAGUGUGUAAUGGAGCUGAUUCGGGUCGUCAUCUUGUCCCAAGUAAAAGGAGACUCAAGACAUGGAGAUCGAGAAAAAAGCCUAAAGCCACCCAUGGAACUAAAAAUAAAGGCCCCGGCCGGAUAGAGAAAUGAGCUAGCUAACUAGCAGCAGCGCGAUACAUGGUCUUCUGGAAUAUCCUAACAAGCUAGCUAGGAGCUGCCUGGCUAGGAUACAAUACCAAAUCAAUAGGAAAAGAAAAAACAAACAAGGGUGUUUAAUCUAGAGAGGAAUUGAGAAUUGACUAUACCUUUUUAAACAGAAGUUCAAUAGAUAUACGUUCUAUUGAUUCAA